CAUAAGUAAGCACCAGAAUUUUCUGGGGCCACACCAUGGCCUCGGCAGGACUCCAGCUCUUUGCUUUCGGCAUGGCCUUAUCCGGGGUCUCUGGGGUACUCACUGCCACUCUGCUGCCCAACUGGAAGAUGCACGUGGACAGGGGCUCCAGCAUCAUCACGGCCACCGUGCAGCUACAGGGGCUGUGGAUGGACUGCACGUGGUACAGCACCGGCAUGUUCAGCUGCACCCUCAAGUACUCCAUCCUGACCCUCCCGAGCCAUGUGCAAGCGGCCCGGGCCACCAUGGUGCUGGCGUGCAUCCUGUCGGCUUUGGGGAUCUGCACUUCCACAGUAGGGAUGACAUGCACUCGCUUAGGAGGAGACAUAAAAACCAAAAGUCGCGCUUCUCUUGCUGGCGGCAUCUGCUUCCUGUCUGCGGGGAUCUCUGGCCUGAUACCCACCGUGUGGUACACCAAGGAGAUCAUUGCGGACUUCGUGGACCCCACGGUGCCUGAGAGCAACAAACACGAGCCAGGAGGGGCGGUCUAUGUGGGCUUCAUUUCGGCAGUGCUGCUGUGUAUCUCCGGCAUGAUUUUCUGCACUUCCUGUGUACAAAACAGCCCACAAGCUUGGCGCUACCCACCCCAGCAGCAGAGCAGUAUCUCCCCGCCACAGCUAGAGACUAAUUCAGCAUAUAGCCUGAAGGAUUAUGUGUAGGUAACUAUACUGAAUGAAGACUUGGGGUGCCGGCUCUGAUUUUUUAUUUUAUUCAAUGAAGACUUGGGGUGCCCGCUCUGAUUUUUUAUUUUAUUGUAGAUGAAAAACAAACAAAUGAAAACUAUGCUUAACUCUCUCUACAGUGUGUAAAAUACUUUAAAAACCACAAAGUAGUUUAAAAUGCCAACAAAACUAUCAUGUACAAUUAUAACUAUAUCUGUCUUAAAAUUUCUUUAUUUUUCCAUUACCGUUUUCAAGUU